CUACAUAUGAUGAUAAACUUGGGGUGGUUGGGAGGGUGGGCUCUUCUUACCGCCCCUAUCUAGGCAACAUAGAGUGAAGUUGGGAUGUUUGCAUGUUCUAGUUCUGCAAAGUGUCAGAUUAUCCACUGGCGGCAGGGUCACAAGGAAGAAUGCCAUCCUCCUGCCUAUUCCACACACCUAAAUAAUGACGAAGGAAGUGAUUCUUGUGAGAAGUUAGCUGAGGGAGACCAGCAUGGAAUUCAUGGUGACAGAUCUGAGAUUGAUGGAAGGAAUCAUACUAGACCAACCAAAAUAUAUCUAGGAGAACCUCCAUUAAAUGAUGCUACUAACUCUAAUGAUAUUUUACACAGAGAGGAUCUUAACGUUGAAUACCACUCAGAUAGAGAAAGAACUGAUUAUGCAUCUGAAACUUGCAGCAGUCCAUUUUCAGGAUUCUCUACUCCUCCUACCAGUGUUGAAUCAUCUGAUGAUGCUUCUGUCUGUGAGAGCAUUAGUUCAAAUGAGCCUGAGAGAUCAAAUAGGCCUCAUUCUGCUGAUAGUUCGCCUGACAUGCUUUGGACUGGUUCUAGUGUUAAUGACAUGGAUCAAUCCAAUCCAUUAUCUCCCAAAUUUGCUAAUUUGGUUGAUUCUGUAAGUAAAUUUUCUAAAUCAGACCAGGUUAAGCCUGAUUGUGGAGAGAGUAAACAUUCUUCAAUUCCUUCAGAUUUGGGCAUUAACGUCACAUGUGAUGGUCAAUCUCCUCAAGAUUGUACAUCAUUGUCUGGUCUUGGGAGCAAAACAUUUGAAGCCAAUGAGUCCAGAGAUGAAGAUGGCAAAGAGUCAGUUCUGUCUAAUUCCAAGGGAAGUUGUAGUAGUACAUUAUCUCAUUCCGAGUCAUCCUUUCAGUCUUGUUUUGAUAUGUCUGGAAACUCUUCUCUUUCUUCACCUGCACAAUGCUUCAAAGUGAAAGGUAUCAUAUCAGAUGAUCCUUUUCCAGCUACUUCAUUAGAAAAUAUUAAUUUAGAAGUUCACAGCUCCUCUUCAAAGUGUGAAAGGUCCUAUCACUUGGAGACUGUUAUGUCACAUAUUUUGAAGCCCAGAGAUGUUGAAACUUCAGCAAAUUACUCUUCUUCUAUUGAUUUAUCAUCUGGUUCUAAAGGGGCUUCGGUCAGUGCAAGGAAUACAUCCACUGGUGGGUUUCCAUCUUUAAGGUCUGAAAAGUCUGACCAUGCAUUUAAUGACCCUGGUCGUACUUUGCAUGUACUAAAUUCCAAAGAGGCCAAAUGUUUAUCAACAAGUGCCAAUGCUCAGUCAUCUUCUAGUGUUAAAGUGGAGUCAGUUCCGAGUGAGAAAUCUGGAAAAGUCAGUGUUGUACAUGCAAUUUCUGCUACUGCACCACAGGUUGUAAGUUCUAGUGGCCGGCAGGGGCUGAAAACCUCCAUGAUGAAAGUUGUUGAUCAAUUUAGAGUUCCCAAAUUGCCAAAACAUUAUCAUAAUGCAUCUGAGAAUGAGGCUGCUGGAAGAUACAAGGACAAGGGCCUUUUUCCUUAUGAGUUGUUUGUCAAACUUUAUAAUUGGAACAAAGUGGCACUUCAACCAUGUGGCCUUAAAAAUUGUGGAAACAGCUGUUAUGCCAAUGCUGUGCUUCAGUGCUUGGCAUUUACCCCUCCUCUUACUGCUUACUUUCUUCAGGGGCUACAUUCAAAAUCAUGUGUAAAGAAAGAAUGGUGUUUCACUUGCGAGUUUGAAAAUCUAAUUUUGAAGGCAAAGGAAGAGAAAUCUGUUUUGUCCCCAAUUGGGAUACUAUCCCAACUACAAAAUAUUGGAAGUCAACUAGGUAAUGGGAAACAAGAAGAUGCACAUGAAUUCCUGAGGUAUGCUGUUGAUACAAUGCAAUCAGUUUGCCUCAAGGAGGCUGGAGUGAAAAUGACAGGAUCUUCAGAAGAAGAAACAACUUUGAUAGGCCUGACAUUUGGUGGUUACCUUCGUCAACAUUCUUUUUUACCACUUUUCUUUGUCAGUUGCAAAUCUUAUGAGAAGGCCAAAAAGAAGUUGACAAUACUAGAGGCUCCCAAUGUCCUUACAAUUGCUUUAAAGCGAUUUCAGUCUGGUAAAUUUGGGAAGCUCAAUAAAUCAAUUCGAUUCCCUGAGAUCCUGAAUUUGGCUCCAUAUAUGAGUGGAACUAGUGAUAGAUCACCAGUGUACAGGCUCUUUGGGGUGGUGGUGCACUUGGAUAUCAUGAAUGCUGCAUUUUCUGGUCACUAUGUCUGCUAUGUUAAAAAUAUACAAAAUAAGUGGUUCAAGAUCGAUGACAGCACAGUAACAACUGCAGAACUUGAAAGAGUUUUAACGAAAGGGGCAUAUAUGCUCCUUUAUGCAAGGUGUUCCCCAAGGGCCCCAAGAUUGAUAAGGAGCAAAAUGAUAUCUUCUGGUUUGAAAAGUAAAUCAAAGAAUCCUUCCACGAAUUCAAGAUCUUUUUCGACGCAUUCUGCUCCUUCCCAGUGCCAACCUAGUUCAAUUCCUCCAGAUGUUCCACCUAGCAUUGAAUCGUUUUUCUCAAAAUACCAACGGCUCCAAAGGAUUUUGGAAGAGGAUUCGUCAAGUGACAAUUCGUCUCUUCUCAGCAACAAUUCUGAUGAAUGUUCAUGUAGUACUGACAGCACUCGGGAUUCUACCAGUACUGAUGAUCUAUCCGAGUUCAUAUUUGGUGAUUCAGGACGUGGUUGGAACAGUCCAAGGAGGAAUUCUUCUGAUUCUGAUGUUUCUUCACCUUCUUCUUCUUCCCCAUUGUACCACCCAAGAAAUUCAUCGGUUGUCAACUCAGACUGCCAUACUUGGGUUUCCCCAGAAACUAGCAGGUCUCGAGCUGAUUAUACUUAUUCAGCUACAGAGCAUGAUAAUAGCAGGCUGGCAGGUGUGGAAGGGAAUGGAGGUGGUUCUUUUUUCCACUCUGACACAACUAAACAUUGUAGAAAGUUAGGUAGUAGUAUUAAUAGUAGUAGCUAUAGGGAAACUAACUCAGAGAGAUUAGGAAUGGGUGGUUCUUUCAGCUCUGGUGUACCCUUAAGACGAUCAACGAGUGAAAGAACAGGGUAAAAUUUUUUUAUUAUGAGGUAUUUAGUCGGAGGGGUAAAUAAUAGUUUUGAGGUGGGUUGUAUUUAAUAUACUGCUGGAGCUGCCUCUUUAUUUAAGUAUAUAUGGGUCAUCACCAUUUUAUUUAUAUAUAUCACUCAUAAACAUUGAUCUUGUAAAUGCCAGUGACUUGAGUUGCAUAAC